AUGGUUAGAGGUUCAAGCUUUCGGAAAACGAAUGCAAUACUUUCAUUAACACUACACCUUUCCGGAACCACAAAGGUUGUCGAAACAUGCAAUGCCGCACAAUGGCUGAAGAUACCUCAUACGAUAGAACAUUCUUUGCGAACAGUGGCAAUGGUGGCAUGGAAAAAUCUUUGUACAGUGGCAGAAAUGACGACAAUGGCUGAAACAGUGGCUGAAACAGUGGCGACAAUGGCUAGUGGAAUAAUCCAAGAAACAGUGGCAAUGGAAUAA